AUGUCGGACGCACAGGGCGGAGAUGUUCCGGACAAGUCGCCCGACGUGGCGGACCUGGAGGACGACGAUGACGACGUGGACGCCCUGCUCGAGCAGUCGAGGCAGCUGGAGGAGCAACAGAAGGAGGAGGUCGCUGCGCGGCCGAAGCCCGACCGCAAGCAGGCCAUGGAGGCGCUCGUGCGUAAGAUGGCCGCGGAGAGGCAGGCGGACGAGAAGGAGAAGAAGCGCAGGGCGCCGGAGCGGGCGGAGGACGACGGGGACGAUGCGGGGGCGGCUGAACGGAAGAAGAAGCGCGGCAGGGACGACGCGGACGGCGCGAAGAAGAAGAAGAAGAAGAAGAAGAGGCCGGACGGCGCGGAGGGCGCGGCGGCGGACGUCGACAGCGAGAACGACGAAGAGGGCGUCGCGAACGAGGAGGACCGGCAGUUCAUCGAGGAAGACGACCAGAACGACGAAGACAACCGCUGGGCAGGCGGGGACUCGGACGACGAGCGAGGGCGCCCCGCAGAGGAGGCGGAGGAGGGCGAGGAGGACGAGGCGAUGGAGAUGCCUGCGCGGAAGAAGACGGUGGCGACGGGCGGGCGCGCGAAGCCGCGGGAGCCCACGGAGCCGGUGGACCCGGAGAUUCGCCGCGUGGUGGACGGCGCGUUUGGCAAGGGUAGGAAAAAGAACGAGGUUGUCGAGACGGAGAAGAAGGACGCGGACCAGAUCGUCAAGGUCUUCCUCGCGCGCAUGGAGAAGGCCGCGAAGGACGACCGCGCCGCGAACGAGGCCGCGCGGCCCGCGGGCGCGAAGGUCCGCCUGUUGCCAGAGGUGGAAGCAAUGCUGCGGAAACAGCACCUCCAGGAGACGUUCCUGAACCACGGGCUGCUCGAGUGCAUCGCGGAGUGGCUGGACCUCAUGCCGGACCGCAGCCUGCCGAACGUGCGCGUGCGCUCGUCGAUGUUGCGGGUCCUGAAGGACCUGGACGUCGAUUUGGUGAACAACGACCGGCGAGAGCAGAUGAAGCGGACCAACCUGGGGCAGCUCGUGAUGUUCCUGUUCAAGUGCACCGCGGAGACGCCCGAGAACCGCCGCCUCGCGUCGGAGCUCGUCUCGGCGUGGUUUGCGCAGCUGGGCAUUGGCGGGUCACAGAAGACAUCGACGUCGAACCUGCGCAAGGAGGGGGCCGAGGAGCGGGAGGCCAACUUGGCGCGGUGGGAGGCGAAGCAGGCGCGCGCCGUCGAGGCCACGCUGCGGGAGUCGCGCCCCGAGAACCGCAUCGGCGAGGAAGGCUUCCGCAAGCGCGCCGCCGUGCCGCGCGCCGCAAACCUGGACUUCAAGGUCAAGCCGCUGAGCGACGCGAGCGCGGACCGGGCGCAGAAGACUGCGCAGAGGUCCGCGGUCUGGGAGCGCCUCGAACAGGUCCACCGGUCGCUGCGGAAGCCCAAAUCGCGCAGGUGA